UACAAAAGGCUUACAACAUGUCAGCCUUUGGCAGUUUGGCCUUGUCGUCAGUCUCUGUUGUAAAGUGACAAAAAUGUAAACAAGAAGCCCGAGGGUGGAAUGUGAGAAAAACAACAAUGGUAGACAGGACAAGUUUGACGCUUUUUGCAUUCGGAAUUUUCUUUGGAUUCAGUGUUACCUAUUUGUAUUCCUUCUACAGUCGUGUGAACAUUAAUCAUUCACCGAAACAGAAAUCCAACCCAGGGUUUAUUUUUGGAGGUUUUUUCCCCCAAAGUCCUCACAGUCAUGGAGAGAAUGAUAACGUAGCCGGUCCCAAUCAGAUUAUUGAAUGGGCGGAUCAGCAAUUCAGCACUCACUCAGAAGAGCUAUCUGAAGUGGCACGUGUCUUGGAAAAGAAAGUCCGAGUUUUGUGUUGGGUGAUGACCAACCCUACAAACCAUAAUAGUAAAGCUCGCCAUGUCAAAGCAACCUGGGGCAAGCGCUGCAACAAACUGCUGUUCAUGAGUUCUUCUGCUGAUUCCUCGCUGCCGGCUGUUGCUCUGAAAGUGGAAGAGGGUCGUAACAAUCUCUGGGCCAAAACCAAAGCUGCCUUUAAAUAUAUUUAUCAAAAUCAUUUUAAUGAUGCAGACUGGUUUAUGAAAGCAGAUGAUGAUACCUAUGUAAUUGUGGAAAACCUUAGAUAUUUCCUAGCAGACAAGAAGACGAAUGAACCAAUGUACUAUGGUAGACGGUUUAAGCCAUAUGUCCCCCAGGGCUACAUGUCUGGUGGGGCGGGCUACGUCCUCAGCAAGAUGGCACUCAAGAAAUUUGUGGAGAAGGGAGUGGAUGAUCCAAAGUUUUGUCGGGUGGAUGCCGGAGGGGCGGAGGAUUUGGAGUUCGGAAAAUGUAUGCAGAGAGUUGGAGUGACUGCAGGUGACAGCUUGGAUAAGCUGGGGCGUGAGAGAUUUAUGCCUUUUGUACCGGAACACCACUUAAUUCCUGGGAUCCUCCCCAAAGAUAUGUGGUACUUCUCUUACAACUUUCACCCAGUGAAGCAGGGACCAGAGUGUUGCAGUGACUACGCAAUCUCAUUUCAUUAUGUGAACCCUAAUAUGAUGUAUGUCUUAGAAUAUCUCAUUUAUCAUCUUAAACCAUACGGUAUCAACACCAUCACCAAAAUAGAAAUGGAAGACUCCGAACCAGAACCAAAGAAAAUGACCAGGGUGGACAAGGAGGUAAAAACAACAGCCAAAAAGACUGAAACUUUAACAUCAGUAAAGCAGAAAGAAAAUACUUUAGCCCCAACUCCUCUCCAGAAGAAAGGAGAGAACCAGGCAGACCAGAAAAAAACAUUGGCACCAAAACUUGACAUACCCAAGCCUGGGGGAGAGGGGGGUAACAAACCCUCACGGUAGUGCUAGUGAUUGUGUGUGGGUCAUGUGACUGGAAGGCUGUUAUUUUAUUUCUAGUGAGAGUUGGUUUGUUAACAUAAAUGUGUGCGAUUUUAGGGAUGAACUUUGGUAAAAGUUGAUAGAUUUUGUUAAUACAUAUUUUGUUCAGUAAACUGCUUGCCAAUGUUAAAUAUUUUGGACCAUUGUUAUUGUUUUGAAAUAUGUGUCAUGUAAUAUAAUGUUAUUACAUGUAGUUGUAGUGCUAUCGUAGAGGAGAGUUAAUAACCACAGAUAUGGUAUAUUGGUCAUGUAUGUCAAAACCAGAGAAUUACUUAUUUUUUAUACAGAAUUUAAGAAUAAUAUAUACAUGUUUGUAGAAAUUGGGCUGUAUUUUAGUACUAGUUAGUUAUUUUUGAAUUUUUGGUAGUUUCACACUGGGUGCACAAGUUGUUUCCCUUUGGUUGCAGUAUUGUGUUUUGAAAAACAAUCCAAUUGAAGUUAAAUAGUAAAAACAAUAUUUAAUGGUAUUCAGCAUUAUAAGGAAAGCACAGAGAUUGACCAAGUUCCUCAAAAGUCAGAAUUUUACAGAUGUGUCUUAUGAAUGUGUUUUUGUUAUUUGUUUUCAAAAGACAAAGAGUAUUGUAAUUUAUCGACAUAUUUAGAGCCAUGUUUAGUGAUAUGUCCCAAGUUAAGUAUUAUAUGUUCAUUUCAUAUGACAUUAUAUAGAUUAAUUUACAUUUAAAUUAGGAUUUAUAUAUAUGUAUGUUAACUAGAAAAACAUUAGAAUUGAAAAUAACCAUAAACUCUUUGAUUUAUUACACCCAUCGAUCUUUGAAAAAAAUCAGUGGAGACAAUUUAAUUGAUUAUUUAAAUGCAGGACUUAAAAAGUUAAUCCAUUCUUGUUAUUUCAUUUCUGGAAAAAUAACUUGAAAAAAGUAUUGUAUUAAAAUAGUAAUGACAGUUUAAAUUUGUUGAAUUGCUACACUGAAUGAAGUAUAAUUUGAGAAAAUUUACAUCUAUGCUUUUUUUUAAAAUCCUGAUCAUUGCAAAGUAAUUUUUUUUUUUAAUGUUGAAUUUUUGUCUUAUUUUUUUUUUAAUUAUCGGUAAAUUUCUUGUGUUGUGAAGAGGCACAUUUUUACCAGUUAAUGUCUGUACAUGUGUACCUGGUAAUUUAAAUAAUUCAGCGCCCAUGAUUAGUAUAUUGUAUGUAAAGCCUUUUUUGACCAGCUGUGCUCCUUCCCUCUGUCAAAAGUCCCCUGAAAGAAAUAUGUAAUGAAAAUUGUCCAUACUAAUGAAUCUCCAGAAAGAACUUUUUUAACAUAAACAUCUGGAAAAAAGUUUUCUUAAAUGAUAUGUAGCUAAUGAUAUUAGAGAUUUUUGCUGUAAGUAUAGGCAGAUAAAUGCAUGGAUACAACUUCUGCAAUUCUCAAAAUCAUUUGCUAUAUGUAAAACAAUGAAAGAAUUCAGGGUCAAUGUACCAAUAAUAGAUUGAUGAAAUACAAUGACUUAGAUUAUUUUUGUUAUGAUUUCUGUUAAACAUAUUAUGUCAUAGCAGUGACUGCCAGGGAAUUUAUGACUUUACAGUAGCAAUGCAUCCAAAUCUGAAAUGGACUAUGUUGUAAACACUACCAAUGACACCUUGCAUUUCUAGUCUUUGUCUACAUGUAACUAUAUGAAGCUUUGUUGUUCAGCUGUAAGUCUUGUUCAAUUGUAUCUUAUGAAUGACCAUUUAAAUUUUUUUCCCUAUGUGUUCCUUAUAAAAUUCACAGACAUAACAAGUUUGUAGUCAGACUUACCAUCAAAUUACCAUGGAAAUGUUUUGUGACUUCUCUUUGGAUAAGUAUGUUUUACUUUCUCUUUGUUUUAACUUUCACUUUGGAUGGUGUUACUUUCUCUUUGUUAUUUUUUUUUGGAUGUGUUACUUUCUCUUUGAAUAAGAAAGUAGAUAGAAUUCCAUGUUUAUUGUGAUGAUAUGCAUGUUUUCUGGUAGAUUUACUAUAAUUAUGUAAUUACUUAGUGUUUCUCAUCAAUGAUAAAGUGAAAAUUUAGGAAUUCAGUUUUGCACGAUGUUAAAAAUUUCACAAUUUGUUACCAGUAUGUAUGUAAAACUUUUAUUGAUGCACCCAUGACUGUUUGGUAAUCAAAACAUACAGAUUGUGGUUUCCAAACAAAGAACUAGUCAGUAUGAUUUAAAUUUUUUUUAAACAAAAAUAUUUUAAAUGAGAUAUAUCAUAAUCAGCAUCAAGUACCCAGUAUCAUCAGUGCAGUCUAUAUUAUUAUCAGUACAGUUUAUAUUGGCAUGAAGACCUGUUUUUUCUGUUUCUUGGUUGAUCAGGAUUUUAUUUUCAGAGACCAGGUAGCCUGGAUGUAUCUAGUGAUACAAAUGAUGCUAGAGUUGUCUUUCAAUUGAAUUUUGUCAGUUUUUUAAAGCAAAAAAAUGUCUCGCAUAGGAUAAAAUGAAAUAUAUAAAUAUUGAUAUACAGAGAGAAAACUGCAGUGUGUAAAAUUUCUGUAGAGAAUUCAGUAUACGAGUACUUAUGUCUAUUACGGAAUUUAUCUUCAGGAAUACCCUUUUUGUCUCAAAAGUGUAUAAAUUAAAUUAUUAUAAUGUAUGAUUUGUCUACUGUAUUCGGAUACAUACUGUUGUCACUAUUGACUUGCAGAAAGGAUAUGCUGUAAACCGGCCCAUAUUAUUUUCGCCUUCUCACAAUUGCAAAUUAUUUGCAAAAUUCGACCAGACAAAGUUGAGCCUAUAGGAGAUAAUGCCGUCUUUUUUUUUUCAAUUCACCCAAUUUUAAAUUUACCUAAUUGCAACAAGGGCAAAAAUAAAACGGGAACAAAAAUUUCUAUUUAUAUAUUAAACAGCCAUGAAUUUAUUUUAAAUAAUUUUAUUUUGGCCACAAUUAUAUAUUGGACUAGUGGCAGAAAAUCUUAAGAACCUAGAAUAAGUCCGGAUUUAUUGUACUUGCAAUGUCUUGCUUUUAUUACAAAUAAAAUUUCAAUCAGUUAUAAUUAUUAGGAUGACUAUACCUGUAUUUACAUUAUGACUGAUAACCGUCUAAUCUGUUACAAUUCUGAAUGUAUUCUGCAUAUUCAAUAAAUGAACUAUGAAAGACUUUA